UUUCCGCCCCCCCCCCCCCUCUUAGUUUCUCUAUCCUCACACAAUUCAAGAUGGUAAAAGAUGUACUUCAUUUGACUCUCUCUAAGCUUUUACUGAUGAAAUCUUAAUCUGAAGAUCAGAAAGGAGCAAUCUUUAUGUAGUUAUAGGUUCAGUUUCUGAUAUACAUAUGUGGGUGUUCUUGUUCUUUUCCCUUGUAUAUGGUUAGUAGAGGUGUGAUGAUUGUUGUAGUAUUUUAUUGAUUUGGGUUUUUGGUCUGCUCUGAGAAGGGUUGGUCAGAAAGGUGUUUUUCUUUCAUUUGGGUUUUCUAGGUAUUGCUGUGCAGAAGGUAAACUUGAAUCGGUGUUUUCUUGGUGAUGAUGGGUUUUGUUUAACUUCUUGGAUGCUGACCAAGAGGGUUUGUUGCGGGAGCUUGAUAUUUGCAUUUCUUGUUUUUCUCCGUUGUCAUUUGGUGAUUGAGAUUCAUGCUUGGAUUGAGGCAAUGGAGAGGUUCAUGGACAGGUUGUUUCUUGUUUAGCAUUGACUAUUUCAGCUCAGGGGAAAGGAAAUGAAAAAUUUUCUAAAGAAACUUCAUAUAGGCUCCAACCACUCUGAAGAUUCUGAAGGUUCGACUUCAUCAUCAAAGGGCAAUAACAGGUCGGGUGAUGGUUCACCAACUGAAAGGCUUUCACACUCUAAGUCUGAGCAUAAGCCCUUCUCGACUAUUUCGGGAUGGUUGAAUUCUGUUACAAAUAGGCAUAGUCCAAGCCCGCCAUCCUCGUCUAAUGUGACAAGAGGGGAGAGAAUGGAACCUUCUGAUUCUGCAGGCAGUAGUAGCCUGGAUACUGCUGUAGAUGCAGUGAGGCGUGAUUCGGGGUCUAGCAACUCGAGGGAUCAAGAUAUAGAGGAGGAGUAUCAAAUUCAGUUGGCUUUAGAGUUGAGUGCAAAGGAGGACCCUGAGGCUGUUCAAAUUGAAGCUGUAAAGCAGAUCAGUUUAGGCUCUUGUCCUCCUGAAAAUACUCCAGCUGAAGUUGUGGCGUACCGAUAUUGGAAUUACGAUGCUCUUAGCUACGAUGACAAGAUUCUGGAUGGUUUCUAUGAUCUUUAUGGCAUCUUGACUGAAUCCACUUCAACUAGAAUGCCUUCCCUAGUUGAUUUGCAAGGGACACCUGUAUCUGAUGACAUCAGUUGGGAAGCCAUUCUUGUCAAUAGAGCAGCUGACACCAAGUUGUUGAACCUUGAACAGAAAGCCUUAGAGAUGGCUUUCAGAUUUAGGUCACAUUCUGUUAAUUUUGUAACCCACAAUAUGGUGCAGAAGCUUGCUACUUUAGUUUCUGACCACAUGGGGGGUCCAGUUGGUGAUCCUGACCGCAUGUUGAUAUCAUGGAGAAAUCUCAGUCGUAAUCUGAAGGCAAACCAUGGGAGCAUGGUGUUGCCACUUGGUUCUUUGACAAUUGGACUGGCUCGUCAUCGGGCGUUGCUAUUCAAGGUUUUGGCUGAUAGUUUGGGCAUCCCUUGCCGCUUGGUGAAAGGACAGCAGUUUACUGGUUCUGAUGACGUGGCAAUGAACUUUGUCAAAAUUGAUGGAGGAAGGGAAUACAUUGUUGAUCUGAUGGCAGACCCUGGUACGCUCAUUCCAUCUGAUGCAGCAGGCUCCCAUAUAGAUUAUGAAGAUUCCUUUCUAUCUACUACUGCUGCACCUAUAGAUGCUCUCCCUUCUCAUAUGACUUCAUCCAGUGGUGGGGAAGCUAGUUCAUUGGAAGAUACAUCAGAGGUCGUCACAGCAGACAAGAGAUCCAAAUUCAGGGAGAGUAUUACUCUUGGAAAGGAAUCACUCGAUAGAGGAGAGCAUUUGUCUUCAGGUUCGGUAGUACAGCAGCCGAUGAAAGCUCAGGGAGGAUCUAAACAAUAUGUCAAUAGUUCAAGGCAUCCUUGGGAUGUGAAGAAAGAGCCAGCACUGGAAAUCUCCAGCAGGCCUAAUCAUCCUUACAUGCAUGCAAGAUCUCCUUCCUGGACAGAGGGUGUUAGCUCCCCAGCUGUUCGAAGAAUGAAAGUGAAGGACGUUUCACAAUACAUGAUGGAUGCUGCCAAAGAAAAUCCUCAUUUAGCUCAGAAGCUUCAUGAUGUUUUACUGGAAAGUGGUGUUGUUGCACCUCCAAACUUGUUCAGUGAAAUGUACUCGGAGCAGUUAGAUAUGCCACCGGCAGAUCUCAAGCUCCCAACACAAGAAAAAGAAAAGAAAGGUUAUGAUAAAGCAAAAGGCCAUAACCUUGACCGAGUUUUUCUCCCCCCGCUGCCUCAGCAUGGUUUUCAUUCUAGGGGCAAUGUGGAUAAGCACCCACAGCAUCACUUGGAUCUAAAGGAAGUUACUGAACGUGAUGUUUCUUCAGAUUCUGAAAUAGCUCCUGCAAAAUACAAAAAAAAUGUUCCGGUUGCUGCAGCAGCAGCAGCAGCUGCAGCUGUUGUUGCCUCUUCAAUGGUAGUCGCGGUUGCAAAAGCAAACAGUGAUCCCAAACUCCAACUUACAACAACAGCUGCAGCUGUUGUAGCAACGACUGCAGCUGUUACUAAGCAGUAUGAGGCCUUGGAAUCUGCUACUCAUUCACCAGAUUCUCCUGGUGCUAUUUUCAGUCCGGCAGUGUGUGUAAGAAGUGAUGGGGAUGCUGAUGCCAUAGUGUAUGAACAACGAGGAAGUGGUGAUCGAGAACAUGAGGGUCCAGGAGCCAUUUCCGAAGGUGAAAGAAUAUCGGAUAGGUCAACUGGGAAUGAAAGUUCAAAAUCUGAUGUAACAAUUGAUGACGUAGCAGAUUGUGAAAUCCCGUGGGAGGAUAUCACCUUGGGUGAGCGUAUUGGGCUUGGAUCUUAUGGUGAGGUAUAUCGUGGAGACUGGCAUGGAACUGAAGUUGCUGUCAAGAAGUUUCUUGACCAAGAUAUAACGGGUGAAUCUCUUGAGGAAUUCAAGAGUGAGGUCCGAAUCAUGAAAAGAGUCAGACAUCCAAAUGUAGUUCUCUUCAUGGGAGCUAUAACUCGUCCUCCAAAUCUUUCUAUUGUUACAGAAUUUCUUCCUAGAGGUAGUUUGUACAGAUUAAUUCAUCGCCCUAACAAUCAACUUGAUGAACGAAGACGGUUGAGGAUGGCUCUUGACGCAGCUCGAGGGAUGAAUUAUUUGCAUAAUUGCACUCCAGUUAUAGUUCACCGGGAUUUGAAGUCCCCAAACCUUCUUGUGGAUAAGAACUGGGUUGUCAAGGUGUGCGAUUUUGGAUUAUCAAGAAUGAAACACAGCACAUUUCUUUCCUCAAGGUCUACCGCUGGGACGGCAGAGUGGAUGGCACCAGAAGUUCUGAGAAACGAGCCAUCCAACGAGAAAUGUGAUGUUUAUAGCUUUGGCGUCAUACUGUGGGAGCUUUGCACUUUGCGGCAACCUUGGGGAGGAAUGAACCCGAUGCAAGUUGUCGGUGCCGUUGGGUUUCAGCAUCGUCGUCUUGACAUACCGGAAGACAUGGAUCCUGUUGUUGCAGAUAUCAUCAGGAAAUGCUGGCAAACAGAUCCAAACUUACGGCCGUCGUUUGCUGAAAUUAUGGCUGCCCUGAAACCGCUUCAGAAGCCGAUCACCAGUUCCCAAGUCCCAAGACCAGGCAAGAGAAAUGAAAAAGGUCAGUCUUCUGUGAACUUAGAAGACCCGAGCGACCGCAAAAGCUAGUGAGGAAGCGAGCAUCUUUUUUCCUGAUUGAAAUGCCUCAAGGUGAGGCACAUGAAGCAUUGCUUUGAUCCAGUGUUGAAAGAGAGUUGGAAAAGAUCUUGACAAACACAUAGAACGCAUUUGAGUUGAGCAGAAAUUCCUUUUCUCAUUCUUGUUUCUUGGAAGUGUUUCUUUUUGUUUUAUUCUUGGCUUUGUCAUUUGCCACUAGACACCUCCCACUAAAUUGUGCAGCUGUUUGUACAUUCAAAUGAAUUUGUUGUAAUUAGUGUUUGAUAUCUUUGUUUCUCAUUGAAGUAAAAGUGUUCUAGUGGGAGGCAAAGAGAACCCAUAUUUGGUAGCUUAAAUUGAUUUUUGUUUUUUAUGGUUAAAAGGUUAGGUCAGCAUGAAGUCGUUGUGUAACUGGCGGGACCUAAUUGCCACGGAGUGUUCCUUUUGCCAAAGUUUGUAGAGGCAUUACUCAACUUGAGCUUAAUUGCUAUAGUUCCACCAAUAUACUAGCAAAUCAAAUCAAAUAUUCACUGGACUAAGCAUUAUGAGCAACCAUUGCAACGAAGAUCUACGUCUUCAGUAAAGCUUGAACUCAUGACAGUUAAGUGAAAAAUUAGAUGCUUAACCGCCAGUCCAUUUUGUUGGUGGUUAGCCUAAAUUGAAUGUUCCAAGGCGUCAAAUAUAUACAUUUUCUAGCAAGGGAGCUUAGUCUUAUGAUUUUAUCUGAUUGGAUUUUUUAUUGUAAUUCAUGUUUUAUCUUUUUUACUUUGGUCGAGUCUUACAUGGACCUUAGUUGAACAACAUGGUCUUCAAACAACAUGUAACAUUGUCAACUAAUGUGCUGUGUCUCUUUUCUUUGAA